AUGAUUUGGACAUCUCGAGAUAAUGUCGCAUCCCAGCUUCCAGGAAUUUUAAGAAGCGGCGUGGCAGUUCGGUCGUUCGUACAACGUCUGCUGAUGCAAGCAGUGAUUGAUGUACUGGAGGAACAAGGUCGUCGUGCUGGCCUCUUUCCUGAUGUGACAUCUGCCAUUUUGGCCCAACUUAAUGUGCAAACCAAUUACGCUCCACUUCAGUGCGAUAAUGUGCUCGUCAAUCCAGCUAUGAAUGAUCAAAUUAUGGGUUAG